CCUCACCGCAGCCAAUUCAAUAUGAAUUUUUAGUCAAUGUUAUUGUCUUCCUCUCAAACAGUGACAUGCACUGCAAUGCCCUAAUUGCAUCUAAAUGCAUGUAAACAAGGUGAGGAUCAAAGGCCCAAACUGUGCUCCCCGUGGUCCUAUAUAUUCCUGGUUACAGUAUUUCCUGGGGUCGGAACAGUCGCUCUUCCUCUAGCAUUGAUGGAACUUCUGUGCAGUGUCAAUCUGCACCGGAGAAAUGGGAUAGGCCAGAAUGCCGCGCCGAUUGGGAAGCAUUUUGGUGAUAUCCUAACUGACGUUAAGGCUUCAUACGUGGUUGGGGAUAGUGUCACAGCCCAAUUCGUUGGUGCCAACCCGCGGGCUAAAUGUGGCUCUCGGGCUGCUCAAGGUCAACAUGAGCGUGAAGCUUAUAAUCACUAUCAAGGGUCAAUGAAGCAUGAUGGCCAUGGAACCUCCCCUAACAUCUACAUGGAUCACACAGCUGCUGUAUCUCCCGCUCUCAGAAACACCAUUGGAGACAAGAAGACCAUGUCUCUGACCCUCUGGUCCAACAUAUACAGAGCCAUUGAUCAGGCUAUUUCAUGGCUAUCUGGUGAGAAAGUACAUGUCGAUGGAGAAGGGAAGUUGAAUGAAUGGGUUGUUCCCACUUCCAUGUUAGCUACUGUUAUCAGGAUUGUGUCAACUUCAAUGUCCAUGCAGGAAAUGCCACUAUUUCUAUACCAUUUGCUCGCCGUGACGUUCUUGUGCAUCCAGAUCAGCCUCGUCAUCCUGGAUGAACAGAAUGAUGGGACUGACUUGGCAGGUCGAAGAGAGAGAACACUAGCUUUUUGCCGUAGACCAUAA